GUUUGUCUGAGCUUGGCCUCGCAGGGACUCUCCCAGGACCAAUGAAGCUUUCCAGCAUUGGAACGCCGCUUCUCUCUCCAUUUAUACUCGUCCUCCUCCUGUUAUUGACGGUGCCGCCUCAUCUCUCCCGUGCCGACGUCGGCACCGGUGCCCACUACAGUCCUCCGUACACCCCAACUGCGUGUUUCGGCAACGAUCCGGCGCAGUUCCCGUCGAGCAACUUCUUCGCGGCGGCAGGGGAAGGGAUAUGGGACAACGGAGCAUCGUGCGGGAGGCAGUACCUGGUGCGGUGCAUCAGCGCCUCGGUCUCCGGGACCUGCGUUCCCGGCAAGACCAUCCAAGUCCGAAUUGUUGACCGCGCGCUGUCCUCGUCCUCGCGUCCCUCGAGCAGCGGUGCGACCGUCGUCCUAUCCACAACGGCGUUCGGCGCGAUCACGAAGUUGUCCGCUGCGGCAAUCAACGUCGAGUACCAACAGGUUUGAUGGGAACACACAACAUGCACAUUUGAGCUGGUCAAUGACUUCGCCCCUCUAGUGAUUGAGGAAUUAUCCGGA